UCUAUUAUACUUAAUUUCGUGCUAUUCUUCUUUGGCGAUAUUAAUAAUGCAUAAGUAAAGCGUGAAAAGAUGGAUUUGUGAAUUUUUCAUUGAUAGAAUUUUAUGCAAAUUAUCCCGCGGAUAACUGGGCAAAACUGUGAAUGCAUUGAUAUGCUUGACGUUGUCGUCAUCUCACAAGAUCGGGUCGAACAUUGCUUAUCAAGUAUUUAAUACGCGAGAAUGGCAAACGAUACUGGCAAACCAGAGACAAAUGAUAGGUUUAAUGAUGAUGAUAUUCCACCAUCAAAGUUCGAAGAGGAAGAGCUUCCUGAACGUAUCAUAUUUCCAGAAGAGCUAAAUACAUUUUUGCGGAAACGCAUUCACGAUAUUACGGCCGAGAAUGAAUGUUUGCAACGAGCGUUUGAGCAAACGGAAGAGAAGCUACGUGAAUUGUCGCAGGAAAAGUUAAAUCCACAAAUAGAGAUAGGAAAGCCAACUGAGCUCGCCACGACAAAGUUAAUUGAACUCAGUAAGAAGUACAGAGAUCGAACCGCCGAAAUGGAAGCACUAAAGACAAAAUGCAAGAACUUGGGGGCUACUCUGAUCAUUAAAGAAGAUGAGCUCGAACGUCAAAGAGCAGAAUUACAACGAAUCGUCAAGUCCGAAGCACGCAAGGAUUCCGGAGACACAAAUCAAAUUAAUAUAGAGGAGAAAGAAUUAAGGAACAAUUUGUCGGGCAGAACUGAUCGAGAACAAGUUAAAUGUUUGAAAAACAAGUUGCAACGAGCCCAAACAAAGCUCUGUGAAUCUAGAAAUAUGUGCGCUACUCUUCGGCAAGAAAUUAAUAAAGCUCAGAAGUUAUUGUGCAGCGAGGUGGGUGAAAAUGUUAGAAUCACCGCGCUUUCGAGUGUACCGGGUGGUUGGCGUGGACGAGCCGAGCAAAUCCGCAGUCUACAGCAGAAGGUUGCGGAACUGCAGAUUAGAUUGUCCGACCACGAGAGAUCUCAGAAAGAAUUUUCUUCCGCUUCUUUAGAACGGCAGAAUUUGACUAAUUUUCGAGUUGCUGAGAAAGAGAGACGGCAACAAAUCGAAAAUAUGGCAAAGGAAUUUAGACAAGCGGAAGUAGCGUUAGAGACUUCGAAAAGAAAGCUCGACGCCGCCAAGGCGAGAAUGAAAGUGUUGGAAAAUGAGCUUAGCGUUGCGAAAGGAAACAUCGCGAUGCUGAAUGAAAAGAGAUCUCACGACGAUCGUUUGAUCGAUGCGCUUAACGAACGAUUGAAAAUUGUCGAGGUGAGAUACCAAGAGCGCGAAGUGGAGGUGCAGAAUAAAGAACAUAAAAUCGAACGUGAGAAUGCAAAUAUCAAGAACGAGCUACGAGCGGCACAAUUGCACGUCGAUCGAUUACGCAGGAGAUUGGAGGAACGCGAGAUUGAGAUCGACAAAUUGAGAAGUGACGUCACGUCGGAUCAGUCUGUCCAGUGUAGCAACUCGCUUCGUUCGGAUUUCCGGUCAACUGAUGAGCACCAAAUCAGUCCGACUGUUAGUCCUCGAAGUUUGGGAGAACCAAACGAAUACGUGACUUUGGCUUUAGCUGCUGAAGCCGAACGAGUGAGACUGUUAGAAUUGGUGACUGUGCUUAAUCAACGAUUGGAUAAGGAAAGAAACGAAGCGAUCGAACUUUCGGAACUGUUACGUAAAGAGAAAAGCAAAUAUGCAAAAUUAGAAUCAAAGUUGCGAAACUCUGAGAAAGAGAGACUGGGUCUUUUCAAAGUGAACUCCGGGUACAGAGCAAAAUCUUGCGCAAAGUCAAGCCUGCACGCGGACGAAGAGACCAUCAAUCCGGAAGAAAUUCGCUUUAAAACUGAAUUACUAGAAGAGGAGUGUCUUGCGUUAAAGACCAGAUUAGAUACUGUGCAGCAGGACAAAGCCUCGGACCUCGCCAUGUACAAACGAAUGCUCGAUCAAGCUAGGAAGACUUUCAAAGAUGCGUGCAGAAACAAAUCGUUGGCUGUUAACGGAAGUCGUUCCACCAUAACUGUCUAAUGAAG